UGCGGUUGGGCGCUCCAUCUCCAACGCUGUUGCCACUGCCACCUCCUUCAACUCCUGCUCCUGUUCAAUUUCGUCCUUUUCGUCCUGUUUGCGGCUUUUGCAGCCGAGUUGCCAUCGGUGUAUGGCAGGCCUAGCGGCAGCAACAAUGGGGCACGGUGCUGUGAAGUGAUAAACACACGUGAAAUUUGGCACAAAUCAUUUAGAAAUUAAAUUGUGAACUCAAAGACGGCGAAAAUGUCCCACGGGGACGAAGUGACAAGUCAGCUGAAUUUGCAACAGCAGCAGGAACAACAGCAACAGCAUCCGCUGCUGUCAGCCAUUUUGGAAACUAAUAAUGCUCAAACGCAGCGCAUGCAUUACUAUCCCAACCACUACUACCCGAGCCACUACUUCCCGGGCCAUUACCACCAAGGGCAUCAAGGACACCAGGCGCUGCAGGGGCAACAUGGCCAACUGGGACGACCCCCGCUUUUGGCGGCCGCCAGCAGCCACAACGGUGCUUAUGCGCCCACGGCGUCUGGCAGCGGACACUCCGGAUACGGCAGCAUCGAGCCAUCCGAGGAGUACGAGUUGCAGCAUGGCCCACCAUCCGGCAGCUUCUCCUCCUUCCACCCGAGCAGUUCGGGCGCCAGUGGGCCCGCAUAUCCGCCGCACCACCCACCACCGCCGGAGCACCUGCCACCGCCGCCCACGAAAUCCUCGAAGAAAUCGAAGAAAAAGAGCGCCGGCUCGGUGAUGAACGCACUAACGCUCCUCUCCUUUUUCUUCUUCAUCAACAUGCUGCAGAACUGCCUGAAGGACCAUGUGGUGGACAUGAAUCCCACCGUUAUGGUGCUCACCGCCAGCGACACUCGCAACCGUUUCAACAAAUUGUCCGAGAUGAACUCACGCGAGCAGACCUCCACCACGGCAACCGAAUCGGCGGCGGCAUCAUCUUGGAAUCAGGCAGCUUUAGUUCCGGCCGUGGAGCCCAGUGUGCCGCCCUCCAUUGUUACGCCCACGGUGGUGCUGCAGUCGCCCUACAGCGGUGUUAUGGAGGUGGCCAAUAAGCCCCACCAGCUGGACACCACUCACUACCAGCCUCAGGCGAACUCAAACCCCCAUCAUGAUUAUCGUCCCCACAACGUGGAUGAUGAUGAUUAUAAUUACGGGCAGGGGCAGCGCAGACCACAUACGCCUUCUCCUCCUCGUACUGAUUUCUAUCCUAAUCGCACCACCGCCGCACAUAUCGAGCACUUUGAGUCAGACUCGGGGUCCGAUUACUAUCAGCACCACUACAACCCGUAUGCCGGCACCACAACCAACUCCCGUCGGCAUCCUUGGUCUUAUGGCAGUCGGCGUUACUCAUCCGCACCGUGGUCUUCAGCUUCGUUGGGCGCUCAGUCGGGCGUGAGCUCUUACUUGGAUAAUGCCCAGCGCCGGCAAGGUGAUGAUGACGAUGGUCAUGGUUAUGGGUAUGGCUCUGGCCAUAGGGUUCGGAAUAGGGAUCGGGAUGGGCAUGCAGAUGGUAAUGGGGAUGGGGAUUGGAUGGAGGACGAUGAUGGUCAGCAGCGGCGACGCGGCGAUGCUUUCUAUACUCGCACACGCAUUAAUUGAAUGCAAGAAUCCCGCGCACAUUUCUAUGUUUCAAGGGGGGCGGACUUGCAGCAUUAACCCAUUGCACG